AUGGGAGUGCAGGUUGAUGCAGACGAGAAGGAGGACCUGUCCCCAGAUCGCAGCUUUGCAUCUCGCGGGAGCCGGACAGCUGUGCCAAGCAUCAGCUCCUGGUGGCCGGUGGUCCUCCCUGUCGAGGAGAGCAAGGAUCUGCGCAGCAGCACAGAUCGGCCUGAGGAGCUCUGCACACGUGCAGAUUUGAAGGUCAGUCUGGAGCCGUACCCCCGCAUCCAGGUGGUUCCGCGACAUUGGAUAUGCGAGGAUCUGCCUGAAUCCGAGCGGGCCAAGAAGAACAUCUGUCCUGGGCAGGGAGUGCUGUCGUACUACGCCAGUUCAACUGGCCCUGAUGGCGAGGGCGAGGUUUGGGGUGCGCAUCCUGAGCCUCGCGAGGCCGGUGAUGUGACACUGCAGUUUGGUGGUGCUCACCUCACCGAGAAGCCUGACGACGAAAGCUUCGCACAGGCGUAUUCCUUUGGGUCUCGAGAAGUGCUCCACCGCUCGGAGAGGGCGGUGCGUGGGCAGGUUCUGAGGGAGCUCAUCUCGCCCGCGGAGGUUUACGUCUACUUGCAGUGCAUGGACCGGCGCAAGCCUGUUCGGAUUCCGCUGGCUUCUAUCUGGAGCGUCCGGUCCUGA